AUGGCUAGUAGUCAUCUUAAACUGUUUCAAAGCCAUUGCAAAGUAUCACUACACUUUUUAUUAAAUUAUAGUUUUCGAGUUCUUUAUCAAAUAUUUGAAAAGUUAGAAGUAAAAGAUUAG